CUCUUUCGCCGUGAAUCCUUGGAGUUGGAAUCAGCCGCAAAUCCUUGGAGUUGGAAUCAGCCGCAAAUCCCUGCACCAGAAGAGAGAGAAAGAGAGUGAAAUUACAACAAUGGCGGAAAAGGCAGUCACAAUCCGAACUCGCAAGUUCAUGACCAAUCGUCUUCUCUCAAGGAAGCAAUUCGUCAUCGAUGUUCUUCACCCUGGUCGCGCCAACGUUUCCAAGGCUGAGUUGAAGGAAAAAUUGGCUAGGAUCUAUGAUGUGAAUGAUUUGAACUCCAUCUUUGUGUUCAAGUUCCGUACUCACUUUGGAGGGGGUAAAUCAACUGGAUUUGGUUUGAUUUAUGAUUCCGUUGACAGUGCAAAGAAGUUCGAGCCCAAGUACAGGCUGAUCAGGAACGGAUUGGCCACCAAGAUCGAGAAGUCCAGGAAACAAAUGAAGGAGAGGAAGAACAGAGCGAAGAAGAUUCGUGGUGUUAAGAAGACUAAAGCCGCAGAAGCUAAGAAGAAGUAAGGAACUAGUGAUGUUGUAUACACUGGUGUGGCAGUUUUCUUUUUGGCGCGUCUUCAAUGGCAAUUGUCCACAAUCGUUUUACUGUUUUGUUGCUUGUUUACCCCAAUUAGUGGUAGUGGCAUUAGUUAAAGAUUACUAGACUAAUAGCAGCGAUUCAAGAGUUUUACUUUAAUCUAUGUCGGAGAGUUCUAUGAAAUUUUUGUCUGGUAAUUUAUGGAUUGUGAUUAAUUUUACCCUUUA